AUCAAAGAAUACUAACAAUAGCAAAAGAGCUGAGAUCAUUGAAGUAAAUAAUAAUGGAAAUAUUAACAAUGAAGAAAGAAAUGAGAUUGUUGAUGUUGUGCAAGAAAACAUAACAAUAUCAACAAAUAGAACAAAUAGAACAUAUAGAAUACAUAAUCAUCAUCGAAAUGAUAACACUCUGUUUCAAAAUUAUAGUAUCAUGGAUAUCACAACUGAUGAAAGAGAUGAUACAGAUAAUGCCUCAGGUGAGAUUGAAGGUAAUGAUUAUAAUAUCUCAAAUGAAAUAGUUGAUGAGGAAGCAACUGAUGGAAGAGAUGAUACAUAUAAUGUCUCAGAUGAAAUAGUUGAUGAAAAAGAAAGCAUAGAAAGAAGAAUAUUAGAAAAUUCGAAACAAAAAAUGGUCACUCCAAGAAGAAAAUCUUCUUUUGAAUUUUAUUUUGAGGAAAAGUAUCAAUGCUAA